UAACCCGACCGGGCUUUGCUUUAAAUUCAGCAGCUGUCGCGGAAUCUGACGGCCCACGUGAUCCGUACGAUUAAGCAGAGCCGUCCGAUGUGUCCAAGUGGAGGAGGGUUUAGUGACUGUGUUUAUGUAGUGUCAUCAUGGUUGCGUCUGCAGCAGGCAGAUGUAGUGUAUUCAAGGAACCUGCAGAAUAAUUGUUUCGCGUUGGAACCUAGCAAAUCGAAAUUAAUGUUUCUGUAGAAGAUGGUUGCGGCAAUUCAAUUUUGCUUGAAAUGGAUUCAGCAGUCUCGGCUUCUUUAAAUGAUUCCUGAAAUUUCUGAAUCCGUUAUGGAUAGCAACGUGGAUCGCUAGAUCUGCGAGGCUUAGGGUUUGGUUACGUUAAGGGCUUUGUUUCUUUAAGAGUUGCCAAUGGCGUGGCUGGAUCAUGGUCUUUGUCUGCUUAUUUUCGGCAAUUCACAGAAUUUGGGCGAUCUCUGCAAGUUGCGCGGAAAAGUCGUUCGGUUUUUUUGAAGUCAAUAAUUUGGUUGUCAACGCCUUUGCGUUCGAUAGGUCUGAGGUUCGAAUCAUAGGUCCUCUGAUGGUUUUGCCCCUAUGCCGAAAACCUAUCGUUUAUUUACGGCAAUUUCGUCGAGUGCUGUUUGCAUUCGUAAUGAUUCUGCUUGUGCACGGCUCGAAGCCCGUAUAAUGUGUAGUUUAUUGCAAUUUUGUCGGCAAUACUUAUGAAUUCUUCUUUAAUGUCUUUCAAAAGCUGCACAGAAACUCGGAAGCCUGUGAUCAACGAAUUUCCCGUCAAUGCCUCCAAAUUCUACGGUCACGUGGCGUCAUUUCUGUGCAGUGAGUCAUUUCUUGGUUGCUGACGUAAAGGUAGUCCUGUAAUUUACCGCAAUGCAUUGUGGUUAAGCUUCUCGUGGUUAAAAUCUCUCGGCCCAAUCCAAAAGUGAUGGAAAUUUGACGCAUUCAUGUUCCAAAUGAAUCCUUUGUGUUGCAUUGCUCCUGUGUCCCUUGAACGGGACAAAACCACUCAGUCAGUUAACGGAACAAAAUUUUCCAAAAUCCCCGCGCCAGUGGAUGCUACUGGAUCCAGCAAGCCGCAGAAACAUUCUUCGAGCACGUCACUUAACAGAAAUACAUCACUUCCCACUGAUCCAGCCCCUACUAAUAACGCGAGUCGAGCUGAGGGGAUCUCUGUUACUGAGCAGAACGGAGGAAGGUCGCCUUCUGUGCGACCUAAGGCUACAGAAGGCGCUUGCAAAGCAUGUAACGAGGCUAACAAUGUGACCACUGGCAUAGCGGGGAUCGUGUACAAAUGGGUGAAUUAUGGCAAAGGAUGGAAGUCUCGUUGGUUUGUUCUGAAGGAUGGUGUUCUGUCCUAUUACAAAAUACAUGGCCGGGAUAAGAUUGCUCUCAGUCAAGAAACCGAGAAAGGCCUUCGCCUUAUUGGAGAGGAGUCUUUAAAGAUCGUGAGGAAGCCCAAGCAUGCUCGUGCUCGUUCAAAGCAGAGAAAGCCGUUUGGCGAGGUUCAUCUCAAGGUGUCUUCUAUCAGAGAGAGUAAGUCAGAUGACAAAAGGUUCUCAAUUUUUACUGGUACAAAGACACUUCAUUUACGGACCGAAGCCAGAGAAGACAGAGCUGCAUGGAUUGAGGCAUUGUUAGCUUCAAAAGACCUUUUUCCUCGUGGCUUUACAAAAAGUCUCUUGCUACCAAUUGAAGAUAUUUCUGUUUCCACAGAGAAGCUCAGACACCGCUUGUUGCAGGAAAGGUUGAAUGAACAAACAAUUGAAGAGUGUGAACAGAUUAUGAUCUCUGAAUUUUCUGAGUUGCAAAACCAGCUGAAGAUUCUCCAACAGAAACAACUUCAUCUGAUUGACAUGCUGAGGCAAUUAGAGGCAGAAAAAGUGGAGCUUGAAACAACUGUUGUGGAUGAAAGCCAGUAUAAUGCAAAGGUGCAAGAUGUAUCUAGUGGUUCUGGGAAUGGAAGGUAUAGUGAAGGGACAGGGACAGAGUCUGAUGAAGAAAAUGAAAGUCAGGAUGGGGUAGAUGGUGAAACAGAUGAAGAUGUUGACACAUUUUUUGAUACAAAGGAUUAUUUAUCCUCAGAGUCUCUAAGAAGCACAAGUCCUGGGUAUGCACGACUAUCAACAGAUUCACGUGAGGAUAUGUUGGAUGAUAAGGAGUUCCGUCACUCUUAUUCUCUAAAUGAGAGAGAUGCAGACAUGGAAAGGAUUGGUCUUGAUUAUCCUCAUGUAGAAAGACGUACCAAAUUGCCCGAACCUAAGGAAAAGGAGAAAGCAGUUGGUCUGUGGUCAAUUAUAAAAGAAAAUAUUGGAAAGGAUCUCUCUGGGGUUUGUCUUCCAGUGUACUUUAAUGAGCCACUUUCUUCCUUGCAAAAAUGCUUUGAAGAUUUGGAAUAUUCAUACCUGAUUGAUCGUGCAGCUGAAUGGGGAAAACGGAGAAACAGCUUGAUGCGAAUCCUGAAUGUAGCAGCAUUUGCAGUUUCUGGAUACGCUUCUACUGAAGGUCGACAUUGCAAGCCAUUCAAUCCACUUUUGGGGGAGACAUAUGAGGCUGAUUAUCCUGAUAAAGGGCUUCGAUUUUUCUCUGAAAAGGUCAGUCACCAUCCCAUGAUUGUGGCAUGCCACUGUGAAGGUAGAGGGUGGAAGUUUUGGGGGGAUAGUAAUUUAAAAGGAAAGUUUUGGGGCCGUUCAAUCCAGCUUGAUCCUGUUGGAGUUCUUUCACUCAAAUUCGAUGAUGGAGAGUGUUUUCAGUGGAGUAAGGUAACAACAUCCAUUUAUAAUAUUAUUUUGGGGAAGCUGUAUUGUGAUCACUAUGGAACAAUGCGCAUACAGGGAAGUGGUGAAUACUCCUGUAAGCUAAAAUUCAAGGAGCAAUCUAUUAUUGAUCGAAACCCACACCAGGUGCAAGGGUUUGUUCAAGAUAGGAGUGGGAAUAAGGUAGCUACAUUAAUAGGAAAAUGGGACGACAGUAUGUAUUUUGUUCUUGGUGAUGUGACAUCAAAGCCAAAAGGAUAUGAUCCAAUGUCUGAAGCCUGCUUACUGUGGAAACGAAACAAGCCUUCUAGUAAUAACAGCAGAUACAACUUAACGCCCUUUGCAAUAGCACUUAAUGAGUUAACACCAGAUCUAAAGCAAAAACUUCCACCAACUGACUCAAGGCUGAGGCCAGAUCAACGACAUCUUGAAAAUGGUGAAUAUGAUCUGGCAAAUGUAGAAAAGUUGAGACUGGAACAGUCACAACGACAGUCGAGGAAACUCCAAGAAAGAGGAUGGCAGCCACGGUGGUUCCGUAAAGAGAAAGGAAAGGACACAUAUGAGUAUAUUGGUGGGUACUGGGAGGUCAGAGAUCAAAGUAAAUGGGAAGGAUUUCCUGAUAUAUUUGGUCAGACAGUUUCUGAGACUCCAAUUGAUUGAAAUGAGUUUUUGUUGCGUUGAAACGCUACCCAUGUUCAUUACAGGUCAAAAUUCAAAUUGACUAUCAAAUAUUUUUUUAUGUAGCCGACGAAACAGCUUUAUGGGGAAUAAGAAACAUUUCAGGUACUUGAACGAUCAACUAUGCUGGUUGAUUCAGGUUCCUUGCAAUCAGACCGCUCUUGUAUUAUUCUUUCCAUAGUCCUUUAAGUUGGAGCAAUGUUUUUGCUCUCUCUGACGAAGAUCAAAAUUCUAAAGCCAUAUCUCAUGACCUUCAGUUGCAGAAGAAUGAUAUGACUAUACACAUGAUUUUACAAUUUUUGAAAUAUACAGGAGCGCAGAUACACAACUGUUAGAUAUAGGUUAUACUCUGGAUUAUGUUUAUACGAGUGAAAGCUGCUUAUAGGAUUAGCCAUUAUUCAAUUCAAUCUGGGCUUGUGGAACAGAUGACAUCAUUAAAUUGAAGGGGGGAGCCAGUAACAAAAAGAAAAGUUCCUUGAGAUGUACUUGUAUAUUUACCGGUUUCUCAUUAUUUGAAUAUUUCAAUCAAUGCUGCUGAAUCAGUGUUUUAAGUUGGCAUUAUUGAAAAUUGUCUCCAUUUUAACAAGAAUUCUUAGGCUUCUAUACAUGGUUGAUAACUUUGAAUUAGGAGAGUUUGGAUUCAUCAAAUCAUGGCCAUUUCUGGGCAUUCUGGACAAUUGGCAACCUCCAAUCGAAAUGACAUAAAUUAUGUUAUUACUGGUUAGAAUAUUUGAUUCUUGUAACCAAAAUUUGACAUCCAUUUCUAGGGUAGUGUUGAUGCCUAUUUUUAAUUGAUCGUUGCAUGUUGGAAUUUUUAA